CUCAUAAAGACAUGCGUCAUCACGGCGCGACUCUCGGUCCGCGUACACAAAUGUAGAAGCAUGGCUGCAAGCACAAGUUUGCAGAAGGCUGGAAAAUUGCAGUCUUUGAAUGGCGUAUUUGCUGUGUAUAAAAAGGAAGGACCUACAUCCGCAGACGUUCUGAAUACGCUAAAAUUAAAGCUUUUAGAAGAGGCUGGCAUGAAGCAAAAUCUUAAAAGAAAAAAACAGAUACUGAAAGUUGGACACGGAGGGACACUAGAUAAUUCUGCAUCAGGUGUACUAGUUGUUGGAAUUGGUAAAGGAACAAAAAUGCUAAGCAACAUGCUAAAAGGCUCAAAGAAAUAUACAACAGUUGGUGAAUUUGGAAAAACUACAGAUACAUUAGAUGCUACAGGCAAAGUAACAGAAGAACUCUCAUAUGAUCACAUUAAAAAGGAUGACUUAAUAAAGAUUUUGCAGAAGUUUUCUGGUAACAUAAUGCAAGUUCCACCUUUAUACUCUGCACUAAAAAAAGAUGGACAGAGACUUUCUGUUUUAGUGAAGAAAGGAGUUCCUGUAGAAGCCAAACCAGCAAGGCCUGUUACGGUUUUCAACCUUGAGUUGCAAAAUUUCAGCUUGCCCCUAUUCACACUUGAUAUUGAAUGUGGUGGCGGCUUUUAUGUAAGGAGUUUAGUCUGUGACAUUGGCAAAGAGCUAUCAUCUUGUGCACAUGUGAAAAAGUUAAUCAGAACCAAACAAGGUCCUUUUACACUUGAGGAACAUGCACUUCAUGAAGAUAAGUGGACAAUAGAUGCCAUUGCAGAAUCCAUUCAAGCUGGCAUUCCACUUUUAACUGAAGAAUCUACUGCAAAGAAAAUUAAAUUAGAUACAACAUGUGAUAUUCCACAAUCUGAUGAGUCUAAUGUAGACGGUGAAGGCACUAAAACAAUUGAAGGAAAAGUUGAAACUUAAAAGCUUUACAGGUGAAAGUGAACAUCAAUCAAGCUAUUAUAUUAAGAGACUGUGCAGUAUAAAUUAAAAAUGUGUGGCCCGUGUUACAUUUCUUCUGCCUUCUAAGUCUGCUAGGCCGGUUGACUUCAUAGUUUUGCCAUUCAUGACACGAUGUACAAGAAAUAAGUUUUUUUUUUUUUUUUUUUGUUAGCCUUCAACUUUUUUCAUUUUGAACUAUAGAUAGCCAUAUGUGGUACCCAUUAUGUGUAUUUUUGUUGCAUUAAAAACUAUUGUUAACAAAAAAGUGAAUUUUACCAGUGAUACGGAUUAGUAAUUACAAUUUUUUUUAAAUGUAUAAAAUGGUGAACAGUAUGGAGUAAUGUUUGUAAUGUACAUUUGAUAUCUUACGGUUAAUGUCUUUAAACUCUCACAGUAAGUAGAUAUUUUGAUUUUCAUUGAAAAUAUUUAAAAGCUUCUGUUUAUAAUACAUGAUUAUUUCCAAAAUUCACAUUGUUGUAUGUUAUUCAGUAUAUCAUGUUAUUAAAAAUAAGACAAUUGUAUAUAUAACAAAGAUAUGAAUGUCCUCCCCAGGUUAAUAGAGAGACCAACAGUCAUCCUAAAUAAUUAGUGUAGAUUAAAUGUUACUGUAUACAUCCCUUUCAACUGUAUUUUUCUUUUUUAAUUUGCCACGGAAAAACUAUUCUUUACAUUGAUCUAGCAUAUAUAGUUAAUUUUGAACUUUUUCAGUAAAUGUUUACAUAUAAACAGGUAUACUAAAAUUGUUUUGGUAUUCAUAAUGUAAUAUUUUUAUUUAUAUUAUGCUUUUUUAAUUUAAUGGAUUUUACUAAUUUAAGAUUUCAUUAUACAAAUCUUCAUCUGAAAUUGUUAUAUCUAGCUUUGUUUCUAUUUAAAAGAUAAAAUAAUGCAUGCAUGAAAAAUGAGAAAUUCCUUGAAAUUUUGAAUGCCAUGCCAGUUUAAUUCAGAUAUUACUGAUAUAAUUCAGAGGUAUGUUGGUUGUAUUGGUCAUGUGAAACUACCUGACAAAGCUGUUAGCUGGACCUAAAAAGCAUGAACAGUUGUUAAAAAAAGAAAAAGUGUGUUACUGUGCAGCAGUUAAUGAAUUAAAUAAGCAGCAUCCAAAAAUUAGACUAUUUUCAAGGACCAAAACUAUUUAUUUUUGCAUAUGUACACAGAUUUAAGAAUAUACAGUACAUUACAAACUUUACUCAGUUCUGUCAGUUUUGGAGCUAAAUGAAAUGUAAAACAAGUGAAAACAAUCAAGUAAGUUGAUCAAAGAAAAUUCUAAUCAAGUGUAAGUGCUUUCUUGUAUUGAAUAUAAGUUUUUAUGUAAUUUAAUGAGAUUAACAGUUGAAAGGAAUACAAACUCUUAAGUUAUUUUUCAUUUUUGUGUCUGGUUAUGAAAUGUAUUAACUUUAUAAACGACAAGCUAGGCUACCUGGCUUAACCCUGGAAAUUUUCUAAGUCAUUAGGCCUCAGUUUUAGCGCCAUUGAUUUGUCAGAUAUAUCAGAAGUGCUAUGUAACUAAGCAUUUUUUUGUCAAAAUAUAUAUAUUUUUUAAUCAGGGGCUAGAAUUUUAAGUUCACUUGAGUGGCUUACUGUUGAACGAGCUAUAUACAGUCCUUGGUGGUUUUGGUGUGAAAGAGAUUGCAACAGAACUCUGUAUUAAAGCAGUACUUCAAUAAUCAUACAAGGGUGCCUUAGGGUUGAUUCAUUCAGAGCUGAAAACUGCUUAAUAUCUCUACUCUAAUAGCAUCAAAGGCUAAAAUUAGUACUGCCUCAGUAAUGAGUGGAUUUGAAUAAAAAAACCCAAAAAUAAA